AUGGCUCUAUCCCUAAGUCGAAGGUGUCUGGGAGGCAAUGCUGGCACUAUAAGCUUCCGUAGCCGUGCUGGGUCUGCCGCACCGGCUUCUAAGGAACCGUCUGAAAAGAUGAACAUGUUUAUGGCUAUCAACUCUGCAAUGACGGUCGCAAUGGAGGAGAAUCCGAAAACUGUGGUGUUCGGUGAGGACGUCGCUUUCGGAGGAGUCUUCCGCUGUACAGUCAACAUGCGAGAGCGAUUUGGCCCUGAACGAGUGUUCAACUCUCCGCUUACAGAGCAGGGUAUCGCUGGAUUUGCUUUCGGGAUGGCCGCUACGGGAGGACACGAUGUCAUUGCUGAGAUCCAAUUCGCUGACUACAUAUAUCCAGCAUUCGACCAAAUCGUCAACGAAGGGGCUAAGUAUCGCUACCGCUCAUCGGGUGCUUAUCACGUUGGAGGUGUCACCUUCCGUGCUCCCUCUGGUGCGGUCGGUCAUGGCGGGCUAUAUCACAGUCAGAGUGUUGAAGCUUUCUUCGCUCACUGCCCAGGGAUCAAAGUUGCCAUACCGCGUUCCGCACUACAGGCUAAAGGUCUACUCCUUGCGUGUAUCAGAGAUCGAAACCCAUGCGUUUUCUUUGAACCCAAGGCCCUUUACAGAGCUAGCACUGACGAUGUGCCGACUGGGGACUUCGAAUUACCUCUGGGCGUAGCUGACAUUGUUAAAGAGGGAUCUGAUAUAACGGUUGUCGCCUGGGGCAAUCAAGUUCAUAGAUGUAUAGAUGCUGCCGAUAUGGUCUCGAAGGAAGGUAUAUCAACAGAAGUGGUGGACCUGCAGACUAUCAUCCCCUGGGAUCGCGAGGCAGUAGUGAAUUCAGUCAAAAAGACUGGGAGAUGUGUCAUCGCCCACGAGGCGCCUCUGACUAACGGCUUUGGUGCCGAAAUCGCGGCUAGGGUACAAGCCGAUUGUUUCCUAUCAUUAUUGGCUCCCGUUAGCCGCGUGACUGGCUUUGACACACCUUUUCCCCUGGCUUGGGAGGAGUUCUACGUGCCCAAUAAACAUCGUGUUGCCGAUGCGAUUAGAAGCACAGUCAAUUUUUGA